UCUUCGUAUUCGUUUUAUUUACUCUCAGCAAGCAAGUCGGCUAGACCGCCUACACAGUACACACAGUUCGGCCCGGUUUGAAUUGUUAAUGCACUCGUUUUUUCGGCGUUGCACAUUAUUUUUUACUAAUAAUACUGCACACGUUUAUCCUUACAUUAACAAAAUGUCUAUAGACAUCGCAGCAAUCGGUGCUCAGAAAGUUAAAGGAAUACCAAGUGGGGAAUCCGUGGAGUUGAAGAGUUUCUGGCAGGACCAGGACACGGUGAUCAUCUUCUUCAGACGCUGGGGUUGCGUGUUCUGCCGGCUCUGGGCUAAAGAACUAGCUGAAAUAGCACCAGUUCUGAAGAAGCAUGACAUCAAGCUGGUUGGAGUGGGGGUGGAAGAGGUGGGAGCCAAGGACUUCAUUGAUGGAAACUUCUUUGAUGGAGACCUGUACUACGUGGAGGAUCUGUCGACUUAUCGUAACCUGGGCUUCAAGCGUUUCAACACCGUCAGCAUUUUAACCUCGCUGUUUUGGAAGCAGUCAAGGGAUGCCAUGUCGAAGGGGAAGACCAUGGAUCUUGGCGGGGAUCUGAAGGGGGAUUGGGUGCAAACUGGGGGGGCAUUGUUGGUCAAAAAGGGGGGAGAGGUGGCGAAGCAUUUCGUUCAAACCGGACCAGCGGAGCAUUAUCCGAAUAAGGAUAUUUUGCAGGCGUUUGGUUUGGAGCAUGAGUACAAUCCAGAGACCAUGGCGAACAAGAAACCAGAUGAGAAUGCUUGCCCGAGGCGAAAUCCUAACUUCUGGCAGAAACUACACUCUAUAUGGGCGGAGCGUCGCUGUAAGCGAAAAAUUAAUUUAACACAAUAGUUACACAUAUUGGUUAGUACUAAAAAUAUGCAAUCUAUCACAUAAUUCUAAACUUUCAC